AAGACUCGGUUUAUUAUGCCAGCAUCCGCGGGACAACGGGUUUCGCACAAAGUUGUUUUUGCGAUCAUUGAAAUGUAUUUAGUGCGUCUUUGAAUCGACUUAAUAAGAUACCUACGUAAGUGGAAUUGAUUAAGAAACGUAGGUCCUUAAUAAAAGACAUAGGACCUUAAUAAGAGAUACAGGCCCUUGAUAAGAGAUACAGGUCCUUUGAUGCGACGCAGUACCUCUGCCAACCCUUAGGAAAGACGGUGGAGUAGCUGAUGUGUGGGAUAUAGUGUGUUCGUGAAUUUUGUGCAAAGGAAUAGUGAAAUAAGAGAUUUGUUUAGUGAAUAUUGUAACACUGGUUGUUCUACUGUUGCUGUUUUAUUAUUUAGUGAAGAGGAAAGCCAAAACAAUGGUUUCGUCCCAGAAAGUCCCUUUGGGCAGUUGCUGCCGUUGCUACACUCUACGGACGGGCACCAUCUUCAGUGGUGUAAUGGGAAUAUUAUUGGCGGUGGUCGCCUUAAUAUUGAUGUUUUGCACUUCGGUCGAGUUCAAGACAAUAACCAUAGUCAGUCUGCCAUCGUGGAUCGUAAAGAUUAUAUUAGCCAUUAAUCUAGCCAUGACUGUUCUCAUAUCGGUCAUGUUGAUAAUAGGAGCCGUUAAGCGAAAUACAUUCCUGAUGCUGCCUUGGGUCUUACUAGGCAUUUUACUUGCAAUCGGUUUGCUGAUAUCUAUUAUUUACACAGCGGUCAUGUUUUUCAUAGACGGAAACACAUUAAAUGGCUGUCUAUGGUUGGCCUUUGGAAUUGUAUCAGUCAUUGUUUACGUUUACAUGUGGCUUGUGGUAUUCAGUUACUUCCAAAUUGUUCGACAGGAAAAUGAAAAAGGAAGGUAUCAGCAACCUUAUUACAGGCGAUAGGGAAAUAAAAGUUUUAAUUUUUAAAACAGAGAUCUGUAACAAAAUUUACGGAUUGCAGAAAAAAAUUUGUUGCCUUGUCUUGUAUAAUUUAGCGAUGAUGGGCAUUAUUUUUUAAUAAUUUAUCUGUGUAACAAAUGCUGACUACGAAAGAAUUUAUAUUCUUUCAUAUUGUGGUAAUCUAGUUUUAAGACA